AUGUGUCGGAAACUUCCAACGAAAUACCUACAGAAUCCAACUCUUACUUCUUUUCUCACUAACCUAGCUGUUUUUAGAUCCGACCAAAAAAAGCACUCGUUACCAUCGUCUUUGCUUACGACCACCACCACCGGAGCAAAAUCACUGUCGUUCUCUUUUACGUCGCACCUGCACUUCACUUUCUUGUAUCUCACGUUGCUCCUCUGCUUCCACCACCAUUUCAAUUGCCGUCUUCGAUCACCAUCAAAUAUUACUCAUUGCUAUCAUCUACCUACCAUCUCCACACCGUUGCUCACACCUUUGGCGUCAAUCCCCUCAUUCGCUCACACCUCUAGCGUCGCUCCCCUCCGACGCUCACACCUACGAUCGAUCCCCUCAGUGUUAUCCCAAGUACCCUGCUUAGGAUUAAAUGUUGGAUUUUAAAUUUUAGGCACCGAUAUUUCCAAGAGAUGUUGAGCGUCCAGCUACGAAGUAUUAUUGAAUUGGUUGAGCUUCAAGAUAAAGAAGUAGUAGAUUGCACUACUAUAUAGUUACCAAAGAUAGGAAAUGAUCUUGUUAAAAACAAGAUUCACCCCACAUUUGUGAUAAACUAAGUGUUAUCAAUCCUUGGGGAAAUUACAGUCAAGUCGAAAAUUUUGAUGAUCUAAUGGUGGAGGUCAUUUUGUUCUCCAAUUCUAGGAAAGCAAUGGGUUAUUGGAUUUGUUUUUAAUAGAUAAAUGUACUGGAUUUUAUUUAGAGUAUGUAAAGUAUUCGACUUGUAUUUUUAUAGGUUAAUGUAUUGGAUUUGUUUUAUUAUAAGUGUAACGUAUUGGUUUUGUGUUUUUAUAGGUUAAUAUAUUAGAUUUGUAUUUUUAUAAGUGUAAUGUAUUGUAUUUUUAUUCUUAUAGGUUAAUAUAUUUGAUUUGUAUUAUUAUAAGUUUAAUGUAUUGGAAAACCCUG